AUGGGGCCACCUACGAAUGCUACUACGUCAAAUUCGACACCCACUACCCCGACAACGAGUACAACCAUGGUUUCUUCGAUGACUGUGGCAACGACUUCUGUUACUCAGUCAAAACCAUCAGUCACCACACAACCCAAAACAGAACCGAGUAUCCAAUCAAUGCUCCAACAAACGAUGGCCAAAAUGAAUGCCAAUCAUACCAGAACUGAAGAACAGUUUGAAGCCCUACAUCGAAAGACGGAAGAGGGACUUAGUCAAUGUGUCCAGCGAUACCAACUGACGGACACUCGGCUAACAAGAGUGGAAGAUGAAAAUGUGGUCAUAAAAACUCAGUUAGACCAACAAACCACGAACGGUCAGAUCACCGAGAAUCGCCUCAGCACACUGGAGAGUGACGUAGUGCAGAUGAGGAAGGAGAUAUCCCAGAUAUCAGAUAAACACCCAGUAUCUGCGAACCAUGAUCUAUCGCAAAUUCUAAAACCCAGUGUCUUGUCUUCAACUGAUGUUCCAACCAAUCUGCCCAACCGCAGCAAUGUGUCUCCGAUGCCCUCGACAGUUCCAACCAUUAACCUCGUGAAUACUUUCGACUCACAAAGAUCAUCUUUUUUGGGAGCUCAAGAACGUUUCCAGGAUUCUGUAUCUGAAUUUUCUGGGCAAAUUUAA